AUGUCGUCCUCGUUCUCAAAUUGGCAGUCCUUUGAAGAUGAGGAAGAUGAGGACGAAGAGGAAACCCUGGAAAAGCAGGAUACAGGGGCCCAAAAAGACAAUGUCAUCUUCGCGGUGGACUGUACGAGACCGAUGCACGAGCCCGAUGAAAACGGAGUGAGCCACUUUCAAGGCGCGCUCAUUUGUGCCGCAAAGUUCUUGCAGAAUAAGAUCAUCCAAGCGGAGUCGGAUAGGCUGGGAAUUGUAUUCUUCGGAACGGAGGAAUCGCAAAACGAGCAAGGAUUUGAGCACAUCUAUGUUCAGUACGACCUGGAUACGCCAGAUGUCGAUCGGAUUUUGGAGCUCGAGAAGAUACAGAAGGGAGGAGCCAAAUCCCUUGGCAGCAACGACGAUUACUCCCUGGCAGAAGUCUUUUGGACCUGCUCGAACAUGUUCUCUGCCAAAGGAGACAAGAAUAGCAUCAAGCGAAUCUUUCUGAUAACUUCAAACGAUGAUCCACAUCGAGGCAACUCUGUAUUGCAACGGAACGCUCGCGUCCGCGCGCAGGAUCUACAAGAUAUCGGCAUUACCAUCACAUUGUUUCCCGUCGAGCGGGAUGAGAAACAUCCUUUCAAUUAUGAGGCAUUCUACCAGGAUUUACCCGGAAUAUCUGGGAAUGAAGAAGACGAGUAUGCCGCGCCGGUGGCGGCAUCACGGGGUUACGAAGAGCUUCAAAAGAAAAUCAGGAGAAGGGAAGUGAAGAAGAGGACGGCAUAUCGAAUCCCUUUCCAUUUGUCUGAGGGAGUUAGCAUUGGCAUCAAGGGGUAUAACCUGGUGAUGGAGGCCAAAAAGGGCAACUACACGUAUCUGGAACGCAAAACAAACGUCGAGGCUCGGACGGAGACCAGCUGGCAAUGUUCGGCCACGCAAGAGUUCCUCCUACCUGCUGACAUGAAGUCCUCAUGGGUGUAUGGUGGUGAGCACAUUGUGUUCACCAAGGAUGAGGUGGCAACGAUUAAGUAUAUGUUUGAGCCUGGUCUGGUCUUACUGGGGUUCAAAGACAGGGCCGCCUUAAAGGACAAGUACAACAUCCGCCCAGCUACAUUCAUCCAACCCGAUGAAGGGGAAUACACCGGCAGCUCUUCGGUCUUCGCACAUCUUCUUCACCGAUUGGCCGCACGCAACAAAAUUGCUAUUGGCCGUCUCACCGCCCGAAGAAACACAGGGCCUAGGAUUGUGGCGCUGCUUCCCGAGGUGGGAUACAUCAAGCGCAAUGGAGACGAGGUCCCUUCAGGCUUUCACGUCAUCUACAUGCCUUUCAACGAUGAUAUCCGUCAUGUGCCACGCUCGAAUGCGCGUGUUGAAACGGAAAACCGCAAGCUGGUUGUCCCAAUCCUCGAGCGAUUGAAGAUCGGCAACUUCAAAACAUCGGACUACGAGAACCCAGUUCUGCAAAAACAUUACGCGAACUUGCAAGCGCUCGCUUUGAUGAAGGAUUAUGCGGAGGAGAUUGACGAUAAAACGCUGCCGAAGACGGAAGUAAUACAUCAACGUGUGGGCGCCGAUAUGGAGACGCUCAAAAUGAUUCUCCUACAAGAUCUCCCGGACAUGCCUGCGACGACCACGAAGAAGCGCUCAGCACCAGCGAGCCGUGCGGCCGAUGGCGCGGCACCCAAAAGGGCGCGGGGUGAUGCAGAUCUUAGUGAAGCGACAUUUCGCGCAAAGGCACAGGAGGGGAAGCUGACGAGCUAUACAGUCGCCCAACUAACAGAGUUCUUACAAAGCAGGGACGUGAAACCCGCGAAAAAGAAAGCGGACCUCAUUGCGCAGAUUGAACAGAGUCUAGGCGUAUGA